GACCACCCUGGAUUCCGGCGGGGCUCGCGUGCGGCUGGAUGUUAUUGGGCGUGCUCGGGCGGGGGUCCCAGUGGCGAUGGGGUGGCGUAGGGUCGGUCGCCAACGGGCUUACAAUCACAAGGGAUUCACACGAUUACUGGGUUCUAGAUCGCAGAGAUGAUUUGUGUACACUCUACCCCUUUCUGUCACUUGGCUUAUAGACUCCCCCACCUUCUUCCCCCUCUUUCCCUGGUCAACAGGCCUCCCACAUGGUGUCAAAAAUAAAAAUACAUUUAGCUGACGAUAGCACCAACAUAUAAGUAGUUAGUGUAGUUAGGCGUUCAAUGUAUUUUUUGUUGUUGUGUUUCUUCUCUUUCUUCUCUUGUGUUUCUUUUCUUCUCUUCCCCCAUAACCCCUUUCUGUUCGCUGUUUUGUCAUAAUAAAUGAGGUAUGUUGAAUAAUCACAAAGGGAGUAUGUCAGACUCUCAAUGUGAAACAUUAAAACUGUUCAGACUAUCCGGGCACUUAAAUUUCCAUUCUCCGUGUCAAACAGCUGAACAGGACAGGUUAAAAAACAAAAAACAAACAAAAAAAACAAAACAAAAAAACAAUUUGGACUGAAACGGCUGUUUUUGGAUAUGAAACAUUAAAAAAGAUCCUUAGCACCCACUGCUGUGAGUGACUUCCAGCGGCCCUGGAUUUCUGUAUUCGAUUUUGGAGUUGGACAACAUCGGAGUAUUGGUUAAAAAGUAAUUAAUUGACAACCAUCAGCCUUCAAAUUUGGUCUAAUUCGCAAACAAAAUACUAAAGGAUGCAGUUUCUGAGUCAUCUUGAAAGUCAUCUCGAAUUUUAAACCAAUUCUGGAAUGAUGCAUGAAAUCACUUUUAGUUUUGUAGCAAUAGCGCUCUCUGGUGUCAAACCUCUGGCACUGCAGUAGUUGAGCUCGUCCUUUUCAGUGAGUUGCGUGGAGGUUUCUGUUGCUGCUGCGCUGAGGCACCUCUCGAGCAAAAGCUUCACUUCCUGGUUGGCCAUUCUGCCCUCAAACAUAAAAACGUGUGUUAUGUCUUAUAAAUGAACUCAUUGGCUACCAUUGACGACAAAAGACGUCCAAUUACUUUUGACAAUAGGAGGGUCGUUCAGUCACAUUUGAGUUUUUUCUGAUCGUACAUUACUGUAUAAAUGUGAUCAAUGUCCAGAUCAAUGCAGAUGUAUUAUGUGUCAAUGACAGUGAAUUAGAUAAGAAAACAAAUUCAUCUAUCUACCUUAAUGAAGUAGGUUUUAAGUCUUCUUUCACUUCUUGACGGGGGCGGCGUGAAGUGGCAGCGCGUCUUGGGGUGUUGCCGUGACGCCACCAAGAGGCGGGUCUGUGAAGCUGCAGGAGGAGACGAGGACCUGGCACGCUGACCAGAUGACUGCACCACAUCGCCGUGCUGAUGUCCCUUGAUACUCUUCAGUUGGGAUCAGUUUUCCAGCUGCACAGAGGAUUGGAACCAUCCUCUCGUAAAGUGUGAAAAACCUUGCGACUCUUGGAGGAAACAAACAAGAAGACCGGGUAUGGAGCCGAUCACAUCCGAGCAGUCGGCCACCGUGGACGACUUGGUGGAGGCGUGCAUUCAAGCCUUUGAUGAAAAGGGGGUGUUGUCUGACCCUUCCCUGGUGCGUAUGUUCCUCAUGAUGCACCCUUGGUAUAUCCCGUCGACGGACAUGGCUGCAAAGUUGAUGCAAAAAUCGCAACAGGAGGGCUGCACGGCGGAACGUCGAAGCAGAAUAUGCCACCUUGUAAAGUACUGGAUCUCCGAGUUUCCAGCUGAGUUCAAUCUAAACCCAGCGCUUACCGAUCAGAUCAAGGACUUUAAAGAUCUCCUAAGUACGGAGGGAAACGAGCGCCAGAGCAAGCUCAUUGACCUCGAGAGCGUGCCGUCUUAUGAAUGGAAGCGUCAGGUGACUCAGCGUGUUCCGUCCGUUUCCAAAAAGCGGAAAAUGUCGUUGCUCUUUGACCACCUUGACUCCUGCGAACUGGCUGAGCAUCUGACCUAUCUGGAGUACAAAUCUUUCUGCAAGAUUUUGUUUCAGGAUUACCACAGUUUUGUGAUGCACGGCUGCACGGUGGAUAACCCCGUACUGGAACGUUUCAUCACGCUUUUUAACAGCGUCUCACAGUGGAUCCAGCUUAUGGUGCUCAGUAAGCCGACGGCGACUCAGAGAGCUUCGGUCAUCUCGCACUUUAUCAGAGUCGCGCAGAAACUGCUGCAGCUGCAGAACUUCAACACGCUGAUGGCGGUGGUGGGCGGGCUCAGCAACAGCUCCAUUUCUCGCCUCAAAGACACCCAGGCGCAUAUCAGUGCUGAAAGCAACAAGGUUUUUAACAGUCUCAUCGAGCUGGUGACGUCGUGCGGGAACUACAGCCAGUACAGAAAGCGCUUUUCGGAAAGCUCCGGCUUCCGAUUCCCCAUCCUGGGUGUGCACUUGAAGGAUCUAAUCGCCGUGCACGUGGCACUGCCGGACUGGAGCGACAAGGAGAAGAUGCGGGUCAACCUGGUCAAAACCCAACAGCUGUACAUCAUCUUACAGGAGUUGGCACUGAUACAGAACACGCCGCCCAACGUGGACGCCAAUACUGACCUGCUGAACCUGUUGACAGUAUCUUUGGACCAGUAUCACACAGAGGAAGAGAUCUACCAGAUGUCUCUGCAGAGGGAACCUCGCAAAUCAGCGAACUCUAACACCGCUCCAGCUCCUGACCCCAAGUCCACCGUGAUUGAUGAGUGGGCCGUGUCGGUGAAGCCCAACGCAGACCCGACGGUCAUUAAGGCGCACAUAGAGAAGAUGGUGGAGUCAGUCUUCAAGAACUUCGAUACGGACGGUGACGGGCACAUAUCCAGGGAUGAGUUUGAGGCCAUCAGGAACAACUUUCCCUACCUCAGCAAGUUUGGAGAACUGGACAAGAACCAGGACGGCCAAAUCAGCAGGGAGGAGAUGAUCGAGUACUUCAUGAGGGCCAGCUCGCUUCUCAACUGCAAGAUGGGAUUCAUUCACACCUUCACCGAGGCCACUUAUGUCAAGCCCACCUUCUGCGAGCACUGCGCUGGCUUUAUCUGGGGCUUCUAUAAGCAGGGUUAUAAGUGUAAAGCCUGCGGGGUCAACUGCCACAAGGCCUGCCGGAGCCGCCUGGCCGUCGAGUGCCGGAAGAGAACCAAGAGCAUCAGUCACGAGACGCCGCCCGCUCUUCAAGCCAGAUCCUACAGCUUCCCGCCACCUGCCAACCCUCCGUCUAGCCUCCAGAACAAUGUAAUUGCUGAAGAAGAUUUGGAGGCAGUAGAAGAGGGAGUGUUUGACGUUCACCUAUAACAGGUGAGGAGACAACUUAGUGACAUCUGAGGCCACUGUUACAACGUUGAAUGCUGCCACACAGUGGAGACAUGCUGCUCCUGCAACACCAGUACCAGCACCCGUAUUGAUGUCCAUGAACAUUCCACAUAGUAUUAAUGGGAUAUAACUGCAAAAUGUGUGUGGACCAUGAACAAUAUUUAUCAUUUCCCGCAUUUCCUCCCUUUAUUGGAGAAGCAAUUUUGACGCAACUUGUGUUUUUUGUUGUUGCACGCAAAAUAAUCGUUCUGGAGAACAACAAAAAGGAGCGUGCGGUUUCCCGCAGAGAGGCGCUUUUAGCCACCGAGUGCCAUAUUGUGAACAUCUGCUAUGCCGCUGCUAUUUUCCUGUGUGAAUAGCUUAAAAAGCUCCAGCUGAGUGUUUUUUUUUGUUUGUUUUCUCUGCAACUGCCUCAGUCAAGUAAAGCAACACAUGCUUAUUUUUGCUGUGAGGUGUUUGUCUGCUUGUCCACAACCUGUUAGUGUAAAUGAAUAAAAAGAUGUGCUGAGGUCGUAGUGAUUUGAAGUCCAGGUUGUUGUAUUUUAGCAAGCAAUUCAACUUCCUAAGAUUGAAAAUUGUUGCUAAUUCCGACCCCCAGCUGUCUGGUAGUGUUCCACUGUUAUAUUUGUAUGUUAAAUCAU